AUGUCUUUAUUAUCAAAAGAUAUAAAUCUUAUUUUAAAUUUACUUAAUGAAGAUACAUGUGGUUCAUCAUUAACAUUUGAACAAAUAUCAAUAAAAUUUCAACAUGGAAUAUCAAAAUCAGAUUAUCUGCGUUUAGGAAAUGCUCUUGUACUUUUAUUACAAAAUCGAGAUUUAGCACCAACAGUACAACAACGUUUAAUUAUUUUUUAUUUAUUUAUUGAAAUGUAUAAAAAUGAACAACAACCAAUAUAUAUGAAUCCAUUUGCACCGGUUUUUUUAUCAGUUUUACAAUCAAAUGAAGAACAUUUAUUAACAACACAAAAACAUUUUCAUUGGAUUAUAUCACCUGUAACAAAACAUGAACGUUUAUUUGUUAGUUUAUUAAUUAAUAAUAAUAAUAAUAAUAGAGAUUUAUUAAAUAAAACACCAAAUGAAAUUUUACAAUCUGAUUUACUAUUAAAUGAUGAUAAUAAACAAAAAGAAUUACAACAACAAUUAAAAGAAAAUAUUUAUCAAGGAUUACAACAAGUGCCAGCUCUUGUUCAAUGUCAUUUACCAGCUGUAAUUGAUGAUCCAGAAAUUAAUCAUUAUGGAUUUGAUACGCUUAUUGGUGAUUUACGUCAUCGAUCGAAUGAUAGUCGACAAACAAUAGAAGGAUUAUUAAUAAAUAAUGUUAUGGAGCAAACAAUACAUCCUGAAUAUCUUCGUCUUGUUCCACCAUUACAUGAAUGUACAAUAGAUGAACUUAUUUGGCUUUCACCAAUAGUAAAUAUUGAUCAUGAUGCAUCAUUAUUUGCAUGGGAUUCAACCAUGUGUAUAUCUCAUGCAGCAAAUUUUGAAAUUCGUCAAUUAAUGGAUAAAGUUUAUCAAGGUGCAAUAAAUUUACAACAACAACAAAAACUUUUAGAUGAACUUAAUAAUGAUCCAGAUCUUAUUUAUCAUAUUGGUCUUACACCAUUAAAAUUACCAAUAUUAGUUGAAAAUAAUCCAUGUAUAAGUAUACAAUGUUUAUUAAAAUUAAUACCAUCAAAUCAAAUGAGUGAAUAUUUAUCAUCAUUACUUAAUAUGGAUAUGAGUUUACAUUCAAUGGAAGUUGUUAAUCGUUUAUCAACAUCAAUUGAAUUACCAAAAGAAUUUCUUCAUUUAUAUAUAUCAACAUGUAUAAAAACAUGUGAAGAAACAAAAGAUAAAUAUUUACAAAAUCGUUUUGUACGUCUUGUUAGCGUUUUUAUACAAUCAUUAAUACGUAAUAAAGUUGUUGAUAUAAAAGAUCGAUUUUUGGAAGUACAAAGUUUUUGUAUUAAUUUUCGAAAUAUUAAAGAAGCAGGUGCACUUUUUCAAUUACUUAAAACAUUUGAUUUACGUUUGGAUGAUAAUUAUGACACAACAACAACAUCACCAUUAGCAGUCAAUGAAGAAUGA